AUGGAUUCGUACCAGCAUGAUCCGCUUGACCUUGGCAGACCUGCGAUUCGACUCGUUCGUCUUUUUCCUGGGUUUGACCCUGACCCAAUAACAUGCGAGCUUUUCCAAGGUUUUCUACACCAAGAGGACGAGAUCAUACCAUAUGAGGCUUUAUCAUACACUUGGGGCUCUGCCGAAGCGCCCAAACAAAUAAUCGUCAAUGGGAAGAUCCUUACAGUUACCAAAAAUCUACAUCAAGCACUGCAGCAACUCCGUGAUAAAUUUCAAGAUCGAAUACUUUGGAUAGAUGCAAUCUGCAUCGAUCAAGACAAUGAGAGAGAAAGGGGUCACCAGGUGCAACAAAUGGGCGAAAUAUAUAAACAAGCAGAUCGCGUGCUAUUCUACCUAGGGGAGAGCAAUUUGGAGGUUGAUGCAUUCAUGGACACUCUCAACAUGAUGGGAAAGCUCAGUCUCAACCAUUCUUGCAGGAAAUGGAGAUCCGAUGAUGACCGUUGGGAGGUCGUUUGGACGAGCGCUGUCCAGGCUCUGCUGGGAAACCCGUCGCCCCGCCAAAUUGCCAGUCUUCAGCAGGGCUACCGAUACCUUCUCGAGCGGGCUUGGUUCAGAAGAGUUUGGAUCUUACAGGAGGCGGCCAACGCGCGCGCUGGGUUGGUGUUGUGCGGCUCGAAGACGGCCAAGCCGUGGCUUUUACAAGUUGUUCAAAAGCCCCUGGGCAUUGCACCGGAUGAUCACUGCAAAGCAGUUCUCGAUGUUAUGCCGGGGCCGUGGAGGACUUCAUCCUGGUGGAACAGAAACCAAGAUCUUUAUACUUUGCUAUCGAGAUUUGGUGGUAGCCAGGCAACUGAGCCUCGUGACCUGAUAUACGCCCUGAGAGGCAUGUCUUCCGAUGCCAAGGACGCACCCGGCCUGUACCCGGAUUAUACAAAAUCUGAAUGGCAGCUGGUCCGUGAUGCCAUUUUAUUUCUGUAUCCUCUUCAAAACGAAGAUCUGGCUGCACUCAAAUUACCAACGACGAUUCAUGAAUUAGUAUCAAAACUAGGGGAGUUGGGCCAUCGCAUGUACUGCAAGAUGUUUGAGGGAAUUGCCAGAGAAAACCUAGAUUUGUAUUCGCCCUCUGCCAUAAGUACUCGAUUGCUAUUGGCAAAAUUGCAAAGCGAUCGUAUUGGAGAUGCGGCAGCGCUCUUCCGACUCGGUCUAUCAAAGAAAAGCUUACAAACAGAACAUCUCAUCGCCGCAGCUGAGAAUAUACAUGGAGUAAAGCCGCUUGAGAUUGUACUUGGCCUUGUGGGCCAUGAAUUCGAGAUUACGGAAGAAGUUUUGGUGCCAGCAGCCAGGAAUAAUGACUACGGGGACAAGAUGAUGGAACUUUUGCUCCAUCAUCCCAGCUGUCAGCGACAUAUUACUCAAGACGUGGUGGUGGCAGCGGAAGAUAACGCGUGGUGCGGGCAUGAAAUUCUGAAAAUCGUCGCGAAAUAUCAAAAUAGUCGUUGCCAAUAG